UCCCUACCCGGCUAACCUCCUGUGUUGAUGCAUGGAUGCUGGUACCCACUUACAGGGAUGCCAGAUGAUCAGUGCAGAAUGAAGGUCCCAAGAGAGGAUCACAUGGCUCUCUCUGCCCUGUGACGUCACUAGCAGAUGGCAUGAGUACCAGCUCUGGCAGUUGGUAUCAAUGUCACUUUUUAGAGAUCAAUGAGAUAGUGCAGAUAUACACAGAUCUAGAGGCUCCUGGAGACGAUGCAACACUCAGCCUGAAAAGAUUUGGAAGACCCAAAAUGAAAACUGAUUAUUGAAUGAAAUUAAAACCUAAGGUAAUUUAAAAUUAGAGAACCAUGUUAACACUACCGUUUGAUGAGUCUGUUGUAAUGCCAGAAUCCCAGAUGUGCAGAAAGUUUUCUAGAGAAUGCGAGGACCAGAAGCAAAUCAAGAAACCGGAAAGCUUUUCCAAACCAGUUGUCCUUCGAGGCAAGAGCCUCAAAAGAGCCCCAGGAGAAGAAACUGAGAAGGAAGAAGAGGAGGACGAUCGAGAAGAGGAAGAUGAAAACGGGCUGCCCCGAAGGAGGGGUCUCAGGAAAAAAAAGACCUCGAAGCUUCGGCUGGAAAGGGUCAAGUUCAGGAGGCAGGAAGCCAAUGCCCGAGAGCGGAAUCGGAUGCACGGCCUCAACGAUGCUUUGGACAAUUUGCGAAAAGUGGUCCCCUGUUAUUCCAAAACCCAAAAACUAUCCAAAAUAGAGACUUUACGACUGGCCAAAAACUACAUCUGGGCACUUUCCGAGAUCCUGAGGAUCGGCAAGAGGCCAGAUCUGCUCACGUUCGUGCAGAACUUGUGCAAGGGUCUCUCCCAGCCGACUACAAACUUGGUGGCCGGCUGCCUGCAGCUCAAUGCCCGGAGUUUCCUGAUGGGGCAGGGGGGCGAGGCUGCGCACCCCACCAGGCCGCCCUACUCCACCUUCUACCCUCCUUACCACAGCCCCGAGCUGGCCACCCCCACGGGGCACGGGACGCUGGAGAAUGCCAAGUCCAUGAAACCCUACAAUUACUGCAGCGCGUACGAGUCCUUCUACGAGAGCGCUUCCCCCGAGUGUGCCAGCCCUCAGUUUGAAGGGCCCUUAAGUCCUCCCCCAAUUAACUAUAAUGGGAUCUUUUCCCUGAAGCAAGAAGAGCCCUUGGACUAUGGCAAAAAUUACAAUUAUAGCAUGCAUUACUGCGCAGUGCCGCCCAGGGGCCCUCUGGGGCAGGGCGCCGUGUUCAGGUUGCCCGCUGACAACCCCUUCCCCUACGAGCUACAUCUGCGCAGCCAGUCUCUCACCAUGCAGGAUGAAUUAAAUGCAGUUUUUCAUAAUUAAUGAGGAAAAUGAAAAUAAACGGUGGUCAUUCACCCCCCCCACACCCGCCCCUCGUCUAAUUAAGACGAGGCAGAUGCCCGUGGGCUGAGUAAUUGGCACAACUCUGUUUAAGGUGUUCACUAGUUUUUCAAGUGUGCUCCAACUGCCGUGAGAAUUUUCUAUGUAAUAAAAAAAAAUCUCUUUUCCUAUGAGAACUUCUAUUCCUUUCCUUUUGUCUGUAAACCACUGUGAUUCUGUUUCUACUGACAGGAUUUUUUUUUCUUGCUUUAUUUUCUCUUAGAUUUACUUAAUUUGUUUGAACAAGGUGUCUGAGAAAAUAGUACUGAAUGAAGACACGCAAGGAGCCUGUCUUUUCCAGUUGUACAGUCAUUAUAAAAAUGCAUGAUAUUAAAAUCAGAUGAGUCAAACGAUGUGUUGAUGAUUAUUAGGCAUUAUAUAUUAUGUAUCUCUGAAAAUGGACACAGUAAAAUAUGGAGACUUUCACUGAGCUAACAAUGGCUUUGGACAUUUACAGCAAGACUUUAAGUGAUGUAAUUUUCUGUCUGUUAGGGAUGAGAUGAAAUGUACCCUAUGGGUAACUAUCCCUCUUCUGUAUCUGUAAAAGGGGGCAAUGUGAUGCUGGGGAGGUGGUACCCUAAUUUUGGAACAAUUAUUUCCAUCCUACAGAAAAUGAUUUUCCUGCACUUGAAGUGUUUAGAAAUUAUCCUUACAGGUUUGGUAGCACAGUAGGUAACUGGUUUUCCUACCCCUAUUUUUAAAGCAAUUAAACAUAGAUAUUUCCCCUUGUAA